AUGCAUUCCAAUUCCAACUACAAUUACAUUGUUCAUUUGUUUCCUAUGUUCUUUCUGUGUCCCUUCAGCUUCUUCUUCUAAUCAUCAAUCAUGGACAGAAACAAUUCUCGCAGACAACUUGCUGCAAUGAAACAGUCCCUCUUUGAUCAAGGACAUCUUGAUGAACAGUUUAUUCAACUUGAAGAAUUGCAAGAUGAUGCUAAUCCUAAUUUUGUUGAGGAAAUUGUCACUCUUUACUACCGUGAUUCAUCUAGGCUUAUCUCUAGCUUGGAACAAACACUGGAGAGGAGUCCACUGGAUUUCAACAAGCUGGACACAAUCAUGCACCAGUUUAAAGGAAGCAGCUCAAGCAUUGGGGCCAAAAAGGUGAAAGCAGAAUCAACUCUAAUUAGGGAAUAUUGCAGGACAGGAAAUGCAGAAGGAUGCAGGAAGAGCUUUCAACAAAUGAAGAAAGAAUAUGUAGCAUUGAGAAAGAGACUUGAAACUUAUUUUCAAUUGGCUAGGCAAGCUGGGCCAAUGGAUAGAGCAUGUCGCCCUAAGUAAAGACCUUAGAAAAAUAUAUAUAUAUAUGCAUUUAAUGAAGGCAUGCAAAAUGUAAUUGGUGAUUUUUGUAACUACGAAGGAAAAAAGAAAAAUGUUAAGUAUUCACCACUAGAAUUGGAAAGGCAAUAUGGCCUGUUUGAGAGCAUUGUGCUGCCAAAUAUAUAUCAGGUCUAUCCUAUGUUCUUUUUAAUCAAAAAGGGCUAUAGGAAUCCUGCUAUGAAGCAUUAUAGUUUGUACUAUCAUCACUAUAAAGGAAAUUAUGUUACACCUUGUUACAAAUACCA